AUGUUACCCAUUGGUGCUUUUCAGGUUGACUCCUUCCGUGAAUGUGACAACUCUCACAUCUACUCUGCUGCCUGUCAAGUUAAAGUAUUCAAACCUAAGGGAGCUGACCGCAAAAAUAGAACCGAUCGAGAGAAGAUCGAUAAGCGAACCAAAGUUGAAAGGCAACAAUAUCGUGCUUCAGCUCCUACUACAUUCCUUGAAGAAGUUACCUACUGUCCGAUGAGUCGACUUGCACUUAGCGACCCAGUACCUGCCAGCCCCGAUCACUCUGUUCUCGCAGCUUUAGAAGACUUUCUCUCCUCUUCGUGCAAUCAACAUCCCGUAGAUGAUAUCUCCCAUGUUCCCUAUCCUACGCCUCCUGCACGAAAUGUACAACAAUCCUUGCCUACAACUUCUUCCUCCUCAUUUCGAGAUCGGGUGGUUGUGGAUCAGCAAAUUCGUCCUCCUUCUCCCUCCAUGCUGGUUCAGCAGCAGCAGUGUAAACGAUUGGCGCAAGACGAUGAAGUUGGUCUUGAUAUGGGGUUGAGCGAAAUCAGCCUGGUGGGAGGGAAGACGCAUUUACGACUGGCGAAUGGAUCCGCUCCGCUGAUGCCUCCUCCUGUGAAGAAUGGACGGCUGUUUGACCUGGGGGUUGGAGGGGAUUACUAUGGCAAUGAAAUUCCGACUUUAACCCGUUUUGAUGUCAAUGUGGAUGCUCUACCUUUCUCCCAAUGUGAAAUCAGCGAGAACCCCAUCUCAAUUUCCAACCCUUCAUCUUCAUUCCCUCCAAUUUUCUCCUUUCCUAUUCCUUCACCUACCGUUAUUUCUUCCAAUAGCAAUGGUGUCUUUAAACAACCCCAGCCCCAACCUUCAUCCCAAAAACGUAGUACCACACCGUUGGAUGAUGAAAUUCCAUGUCCUGGCACUUGUUCCUCUUGUGGUCGUGCUUGCUCCUCCUACUUUUCCUCUAUUGACCAUCAUCAGUAUUCUGGCUCGCAUUCCUUUUCCGAUUUAUCCCAAGAAUGGAGUGUCAAACGUCAGAGACGAAAACGACAGUCUAUUGGUAGUUCUUGGCACGAUAGUGAGCACUAUGCUCAUGUAGACAAUGUUACACAAGAGACUCCCUCUGCGGUUACCCCUUGUGUCCCUGUCAUGGUAACUACAUCAGAUUACUCGAGUCAAACCCUGGAUGAGGAUAAUAUCGAUGGACAGCCUCGUAGACCGUCUACAUCUAGUGAGACAAGUCAGGCCCUUCCCUCGGAUGAAAAAUCCUCAAAGCCACCAUCUCAAACAACGAAAAGUGAGGGGGAAGAUAACGAGGAAGAGGAUUUUGGCGAAGAAGGAGAUGACGAGAGAAGUGAGGGUGGCUGUGGGAUUCCUAAUACCCUCCAGGAGAACACCCCUGCAACUCCCACCUCCUUAGAAGUUCAUACGACCCCUUCUGGUACGCCCACAGGGAAAACUGGAGUGGUGCCUCGUUCAGGAGCUUGUACGAUGAAUAAUUAUGGACGAAAGGCUCGGCCAGCAUUCCGUGCCGACAUGUCUAGGACAGCGGUAUCAUGUUGGUUGCGAGUCGCGGGUUUCGGAAGUUUGAGGUCGAAGUUUGCCAAAUUUACUGGGGCUGAUAUGCUUCGUCUGAGUAGGCGAGAUCUUGUCCUUAUGUGUGGAACUAUGGAAGGUAUUCGAUUGUCAAAUGCUCUUCUUCAGAAGCCUCCCAGGGCGACUUGCACAAUAUUCGUGAAAAAGGAAUCUGAAUCGGUCUUUCAGUCGAUAUACCUGUACCAACAAACGGAAUCCGAGUUGCGCAUUCGUCUCUCAUCGUACCUCAAGUUGUCUACUUCUCUUCAAAACAUUUCAAUUAUUUUAAAGAAAUCCCCCAACCUGGACAUUGCAAUUAACGACGAGAUGGUCGCCUAUUUCGACGAUCAGAGUUGCUAUACAGUUCAAGUGUCUGAGAUGAAUCCAGAGGAUAAAGUGACUGUUUUUAUGAGUAAAAUUUGA